GCGCUCGGCGCCGUCGGCCGGCGCCAUGGCCCGCAAGAAGCUGCACCGGCCCAUCGCCGCCAUGGCCAAGAAGAUCCGCGAGUACCGGGCGCUGAAGAACCGGCCGCGGGACUCGCAACGCUUCGCCCUGGACUACGAGACCAUGCGGCGGCCCCUGACGCAGAAGCGGCUGCCGGUGCGGGCCUGGGAGGACGUGAGGAACGAGAACCGGCUCUUCGCGCUGCUCUGCCGCCUGCCGCGCUUCGGCGUGGGCCGCACCGUCACCCGCAAGUCCUGGCUGUGGGCGCACGACGAGCCCUGCUACUGGGUCAUCACCAAGGUGAAGGCGGACUACACGGCCGAGAACAUGGAUCAUGGAAGAGCUUGGGGCUACCUGACCUUCAGAGGCAAAACCGAAGAAGAAGUGAGAGAGAUCGACAAAGUCAUGUACCAUGACUGGCGUAUGGUGCCCAAGCAUGAGGAGGAGGCCUUCAAGAAAUUCACCCCAGUGCCGGAGGAGACCAUUCGGUACCUUCCGUACCCGCCUCUGCUCCGAGCCAUGAUCCUUGCGCAGUGGCAGAAGGAGGGAAAACCAAUCACGGAGGAGCCAGUGAUCGAUCUGGAGAAGGUCAUGGCCUCUCCCCUUCGGCGUGCAAAGAAAAAAGCUGCAGGGACACCAGUAUAAAGACUUGUUCUAUGUCCUGAGCUUCCCACGGGCUCUCACUCUGUGUUAGAAGCACGUCAUCUUACAGAAGACCCCCUUGCCCACUGUGGUGUGGUGUAUCCAGGUUUCCUAGCUUUCUCCCCAGCCCUGUACGGUCACCUCAUCUGAAAGGGAAGACGCAGAUACAUUCAGAUUGUUUUUCCAUAACUUUGGUCUCAGUCAGCAGAGGAGCUUUCUUGGUUCCCGGUGUAGUCUCUGAAUGCAUAGCUCCUGUCAUCCAGCUACAAUUCUUUGGAGCGCAGCUUCCUUUACAGCCUGAAAAUUAGGGUUUUAAGAACGUUUUUCAGGUAAUUUGCGUCCUACAUAAAUCACAGAAAAAUGACUGAGAAUAUCAUGUUAUUUCCCAGAGCUGUGUACAAAUGUAUCUACUAACGAAAAUAAAUGUUUUCUUAUUUCUGCA